AUGACUAUCGACCCGCCAGAGCUUCUCGAGAAGCUGGAAAUCAGCGACGCUGGUGCAAAUGGAGCCGACAUCCCUGGUUCCACUUCCGCCGCAGCAAACGGGAUUUCAAAGGAAGAAGACGACUCGGACGACGAUGUGGCUGAAAAUACCCCAGCAGUAGCUGCCGAAAACGGCACUGCCAAGAAGAAGAAGAACAAAAAGAGGAAGCCCAAGAAGAAGCAAGCGAAGGUCCAGACCGAUCCGCCAUCGAUUCCCCUGUCGCAGCUAUUCCCGAACAACACCUACCCCAAGGGCGAAGAGGUGGAAUACAAGGACGAGAAUCGAUAUCGAACCACCAGCGAAGAGAAACGUCACCUCGACAACCUGAAUAGCGACUUCCUCUCUGACUACCGUCAAGCAGCUGAAGCACAUCGUCAAGUCCGUCAGUGGGCGCAGAGAAACAUCAAGCCAGGCCAAACGCUGCUGGAGAUUGCUAAUGGGAUCGAGGAUAGUGCCCGACGUCUGGUGGGUCAUGAUGGCUUAACUGAAGGUGACUCUUUGAUAGCCGGCAUGGGAUUCCCCACUGGUUUGAACAUUGAUAACGUUGUCGCCCACUACAGCCCCAAUGCCGGCUGUAAGACCGUGCUUGCGCAGAACAAUGUACUCAAGGUCGAUAUUGGCAUUCAUGUAGGCGGUCGGAUUGUCGACAGUGCCUUCACGAUGGCGUUCGAUCCUAUGUAUGAUAACCUACUCGCUGCUGUCAAGGAUGCAACCAACACGGGGGUGCGCGAAGCGGGCAUCGAUGUUCGGGUGGGAGAAUUGGGCGGCUACAUUCAGGAGGCGAUGGAAAGCUACGAGUGUGAGAUCAACGGCAAGACUCACCCGAUCAAGGCGAUUCGCAACCUGUGUGGCCACACAAUCCUGCCGUACUCCAUCCAUGGUACUAAGAGUGUCCCUUUAUCAAAAGGGGACGUCUUUGCGAUCGAGACCUUUGGCAGUACCGGUAGUGGCCGAUACGUUGAAGGAGGCGAGGUCUCCCAUUACGCCCUGCGCGGCGACGCCAACAGAAAAGACUUGACUUUAUCUUCGGCCAGGUCCCUCUUGACAGCGAUCAAGAAGAACUUUAGCACGAUCCCUUUCUGCCGGCGCUAUUUGGAUAGGAUUGGACAAGAGAAGUAUCUCCUCGGUCUGAAUUACCUGGUAAAAUCCGGAAUUGUGGAAGACUAUCCCCCUCUGAAUGAGAAGCAAGGGACUUAUACGGCCCAGUUUGAACACACCAUUCUGCUUCGACCAACAGUCAAAGAGGUCAUUAGUCGUGGCGACGACUACUAG